AGGUGAAAGUUUCUAUCAAGAGCGGUGGAACUGACAACUUUAUUGUUCUAAAAGCAGGAGAAGGUAAUUGCAGUCUUGAUUUCGGGGAUCUUAUUCCACGAGAUUUCAACAAAGAAACCGACCACAGCACCAAAACAGCGUACAUCAACCUUGUUAAGAAACCUCCUUUGGUUGUAUUCAUUGUUUUUGGUGUUCUACUGGUAAUGGUAUCAGCGUGGAUGUGUGUCAGCUUCCAGAGGCGGCAUUUCAACAAAAGCAAUGGCUCUAAAUAUCAAAAGCUAGACGCGGAGCUGCCAGUUUCAGGCGGGAGCAAAGCAGAGUCGGACUUAAAUGAUGGGUGGGACAACAGUUGGGGUGACGAUUGGGAUGACGAAGAGGCACCCAAAACACCCUCAAUGCCUGUGACUCCAAGUCUCUCAUCCAAAGGGCUUGCUUCCAGACGAUUUAACAAAGAUGGGUGGAAAGAUUAGCUGCCCUUUUUAAGGUUAGCAUUGAUUACAAUUAGGGACCCAAUUAGAGAUUGAGGACAUUGGUUACAUUGUUUUGGUUUAUCGUGUAAAGAACUGUGUGGGAAAAGAAACAAGAGGUCUAAUCUAAUUAUUUGGAAGAUUUGGAAAUAAAUUUAGAAAGAAAAAUAUAAAAAAUGUGUAAAAUUAGGUGAAGUGUAUUAUAUUUUAUUUAUAUUUCACUUAUCGUUUCUCUUUCUCU